CUCCUUUUUAAUCCAACAAGUAAUGCGUUUACACAACCGCCCGAAGACAUUUUUUGAAGUAAAGAUUCAUUUGCUCUCCAGUAUUGGCAUGUGCCUCAACGCCGGCUCUAAUAAUCGAUUUGUUGCAGGCUGUUAGGACGUCAUGACAGCCGAAAAGACUAUUCCCAUUAUAAAUGGCAAAGCGGACGACGCGAUGGACGCCGAGGCUUCGAACACCAACCUGGUACGCAGCAACGACAAGAAAGUGGUGAACGAGAGAGGACAGUGGAACAAUAAGAUUGAGUUUGUGCUGUCAGUGGCCGGAGAGAUUAUCGGACUUGGCAACGUGUGGAGAUUCCCCUACCUUUGUUACAAGAAUGGAGGAGGUGCUUUCUUUGUGCCUUAUGUCAUCUUCUUCGUCUGCUGUGGGAUCCCCGUCUUCUUCCUGGAGACAGCGCUCGGCCAGUUCACCAGUGAAGGGGGCAUCACAUGUUGGCGAAAAGUGUGCCCACUCUUUGAAGGCAUCGGAUAUGCAACCCAAGUCAUUGAAGCUCACCUGAACGUCUAUUAUGUGGUCAUAUUGGCGUGGGCGAUCUUCUACCUGGUCAACUGCUUCACAACGGAACUACCCUGGGCCGCCUGUGGCCAUUAUUGGAACACAGAAAACUGUGUGGAUUUCAACAAUGCCAGCAUCGCAAACCUCAGCAACCCUUACGCCACCUCACCAGUCAUGGAGUUUUGGGAGCGCCGUGUCCUCAGUAUAUCCGGUGGAAUUGAGCAGGUUGGGAAGCUGCGCUGGGAGCUUGCGCUGUGCCUGCUUGUGGCUUGGAUCAUAUGUUAUUUCUGCAUAUGGAAAGGCCCAAAAUCAACUGGCAAGGUGGUUUAUGUCACUGCUACCUUCCCUUACUUUAUGCUGGUGAUCCUGCUCAUUCGCGGGAUCACACUGCCUGGUGCAGCGGAUGGAAUUAAGUUCUACCUUUACCCUGAUAUCUCUCGGCUCUCGGACCCGCAGGUUUGGGUGGACGCUGGAACUCAGAUCUUCUUUUCCUAUGCCAUCUGUCUGGGUUGUCUGACCGCUCUUGGAAGCUACAACAGCUACAAUAACAACUGCUACAGGGACUGCAUCAUGCUGUGCUGUUUGAACAGCGGCACAAGCUUCGUGGCAGGCUUCGCAAUCUUCUCCGUCUUGGGCUUCAUGGCGUAUGAACAGAAUGUGCCGAUUGAGGCUGUGGCAGAGUCGGGACCUGGUCUUGCCUUCAUUGCAUAUCCUAAGGCUGUAACCAUGAUGCCCUGGGCUCCUCUGUGGGCCUGUCUCUUCUUUAUGAUGCUCAUCUUCCUUGGGCUGGACAGUCAGUUUGUGUGUGUGGAAAGUCUUGUGACUGCAGUGGUGGACAUGUACCCCAAAACCUUCAGAGUGGGCUACCGUCGAGAGCUGCUCAUCUUAGGGAUGUCUGUGGCCUCUUAUUUUUUGGGUCUAACCAUGUUGACAGAGGGUGGGAUGUAUGUGUUCCAGCUGUUUGACUCUUACGCUGCCAGUGGUAUGUGUUUGCUGUUUGUGGCCAUCUUUGAGUCCAUCUGCAUCGGGUGGGUCUACGGCAGCGACAAGUUUUAUUUGAACAUUGAGGACAUGAUUGGUUACAAGCCCAUAUUCUUCAUCAAGUGGUGUUGGAAGAUCCUUACCCCUGGCAUCUGUUCUGGUAUAUUCCUCUUCUUCUUGAUCAAGUAUAAGCCUCUGAAAUAUAACAACGUCUACACCUAUCCGGACUGGGGCUAUGGGAUUGGGUGGACGAUGGCCUUGUCCUCAAUGGUCUGCAUUCCUCUGGGCAUUAUAGUCCAGAUCUGGAAAACGGAAGGAACCUUCAUGGAGAGAAUCAAGAAGCUCACCACUCCCAGCUCUGAUCUGAGGAUGAGAGGGCAGCUCGGUGCCAAGAGUCCAUAUGCUAUCAACGACGCUGAUGCCAAAAUGAGGGCGGACGGCAAGAUCUCCACCAUCACAGAGAAGGAGACACAUUUCUAAACCAGUACCUACCAAGACACAGUCACAACCACCAAGAAAGAAAAGAACUUAAAGCUUGCCUUUAUUUUUGGAGAGAGAAAAUUAUUGUCACAUUCUUAGUCUUGCCCUUUUUGCACAAACGAUUAACACAUCCAUCACAAGUUAACAUUAUUAUUAAAAUGUUUUGUAUCAGAUUAUAUCAAAAUCUAGACUGUUAAAAGGUGAUCUUGUAAUUUGUUGCUAUUUGUGACACUAGUUAUUACUGUACUUAGAGUGAAGCCAAGGUGAAAUGUGCUGUAAAAUGUUUCUACAUUUUGUCUCUUGGCAUUAUUCUGUAGGGAACGUUUCUAAUGUGUAGAAGAACCAUUUUGGACCAUUCCAAAUUUUGCAGGUAUGUUUGUAGAGGAUUCUUAGAGGUGAAGGGUCAUCAGACCUUAACGUUAACCCUGGCUGUGGUGUAUUUCUCUGUCCUUUUGGCUGACAUUGCCUCGCAGGACGAGCAUGACAUGACAAACCCAUUCUCCGUGGUGUUGUCUUAUAUGACACAGAUUUGCUGCCAUUUCACAGUGAUUAAACUGAGUUUAAUCGAACCUGACAGACUGAACACAAUUCUUCACUUUUGCUAUUUUAUCUUGGCUGGUUGUCCAGAUAGCCAUCUUGACUCACUCUUUAGGUCAGUAAAUGUCUUGUCCUUUUACUGUUAUACUGUAGUGGUGACUUCACACUGUCAGUGUUACAAGGGCAGUUCGCUGAUAAGCUUGAGGCCCAAGGGUGGUUGUUGCUGAAGAAGUGCAAAGAAAGGUCAGCAAACAUUCAGAAUAUGGAUGCUAUGUAGAUUUAAUUGAUUUGUCAUUGCUGGAACCAUGUUAAGUGAAAAUGGGCCUUAAGAUAGCCGACGACUGAAGGUAAGUAUGUUGUAAUUGAGAUCCAUUAGAAAGGGUUUAAGCCUCCCAUACUUUGUUGUACUGCCUAACACACUAGCAGCUAUUAUACAAAAGCAGUACCAGCAGUUUUGAGAUAUUCGAAGGGGAGAUUUUGUUGUUGAUGCCUAAGUAGUAGGAUUUAGACUGGAAACAUAGGAAAUAGAUUUCUAAUUAAAUAACGGUAGGUGUAGAUAGUGUAUUGACAUCAUUAAGCCAAGAGUAAACCAAGUGUUGAUUAAGGAGAAGUGAAGAGAGAGUUCUGUCGAGAUUCUCGGGAUGGGACCCAGCUAUUUCAACACUGUAGAAGUACUUUUAUCCAGUUAUCUUGAAUCCACUGUGAACCCUGUGCACAUGCAUGUGAUUUUUGGUAUGGUCUGUUUUUAUCAUGACAUUGUCGAAAGUGUUUCUCGGAAGACUUUUGAUAUGUCGUUCAACAUUGUGUUCAUAUUAAGAUUUAGAGACAUAAUGCAAAUAUGUGCUGUUUACACAGAUUUUGGUAUUCACAGGACAUAAGAAUGAUCUGCUUACUCAUUUUUAAAAAUAAAAGUUAAAAAGAAAC